AUGAUACUUAGAACUCCACCAGCGAAGCGGGCAAGAGGAAUCGCCGACGCAAAUGCAAGACCUAUCAUCGAGAGCCCCCAAUCGGACCACCACCGCCAGAACCAUAAUCUAGUCAUCUACGAAGACGACAAUAACAACACUCUGCCGCUCCAAUCCGAUCAACCUUCUUCCUCCGAACAGCUCCUCUGCACCUACCAGUGCCGCCAAUUGGUUAAAUCGGAUUUUAUAGAUGCGUUGAGUAAUGCCGAGAAGCAAGUUGGCGAUUACCAGUCUAAAUUAGAGGAACUCAAUGAAAAUUUCACAAAUUCUGAAGGUGAGAGGAAGAAGUUUCGAUAUAGGUUGUUACAGGUAGAGCAAGAACUCGCUGCUGCCAAAGGACGCGAACAGGCUCUUCAAAACCAACUUCUUAAGGAAGUUAGUGAUAACCAAGAAAGGUUCAAGAAACAGUUAGAUUCACAAAGUAAACUUGAGGUUAAGCUUGAAAAUGAAAAGAACCUUCGUCAGAAGGCUGAAUCCUCAGCAGCUUCUGCUGAAGAGAAAGCAAGUGUUUUAGAGGGAAAACUUAGCCAUCUUUCUGAAAGCAUAGAAAGGGAGAAAAAGCGCCUCAAUAAUGAGCUUGCACAGCUGAAUAAAGAAUCGAAGCAUUCUACUUCUAGAAUACGUGCAGAUCUAGAAAAAAUGGAAUGCAGGGCCAAUCAUGCUGAGAAAGAAUCAGAGCUACUGAAGGAGCAGCUAGAAGAUCUGAAAAGGCAACUUACUGAGUGCUUGCACCAGAGGAGUGAAUUAGAGAAGAAAUUAUCAAGUUUCACAUUUCCAGAAGUUUCUUCUACUAAUAGCAACAUUUUGAUUAAAAAUCUUCAAGAGGAGCUUAGAAAUUAUCAUGCAUUUGGGAUGAAUAAUUUGGGAAGCUUAGCUCUUUUGUUCUGGUGUAAACCGACUAGUCCACAUGAUGGUUUCUUGGGUAGCAGAUGCACCUGCAGUAAAUUUUAUGGGUAUAUUGAUAACUUGUGGAAUGAUGUUUAUGGUAUUGAGUCUGAAGUGAGGGAAGCAAGAAAGCUAAGAUCAUCUCAUGAGAACAUUGAGUUAUUGAAGGAAAAAUUAUUGGAAGAAAAGGGCCGCAGAGAAAGAGCAGAGUCAGAGCUAUCUAAGUUGCUAGAAUUUGAGUUAAAUAUGAAGAAGCUGGAGGAUGAGUUGUCUUCUUGGAAGUCAGCGAUAAAGGAUAUCCCUGGUGUGUCGUGUUAUGACGAUAUACCUGCUAAGUUUGCAGCUUUACAAAAAGAGGUGAUUGAUAGCAUGGUGAAGGUAGGUGAGGCAAAUGCACGUUUGAAACAAAUGGAGGUGGCCUUGGACACUGCCCAAUUUGGUAAACAAAGUGCUGAAGCUGAGACUGCAUUGGCUAAAGAGAAGGCAGAAGCGUUGAAAUUGGAGGUCAAGCAGAUCAAAUUGAUGGUAAGUAUUAGUUUAGCACAUUUAGGGAGGGAGGGUGCUGACCAGAUCAUGAAGAUAAAGAAAGUUAAAAUCCUUGUACCAGGUAAACUGAGUUACUCCACAAACGAUGGAGCAGUUGUCAAAGAGUUGCAGAGAGAGUUUUGUGAAGUACUGGGAUAUAGCUGUGUGCUCUCUACGGUUACCGAAGAGAAAGAUGGGUUGAAAAAUGUUAUUAAUGAAUUGAAGAGGUUGAAGAACGAUCAAGGAGGGGAUGAACCAGCCAAUGGAGUUCUUCUUCAGGAGUUUGAAUCAUCUCUUGCAAAGAAGGAAUUUUGUAUUCAAGAAUUGGAGAAUAAUUUACAUGCACAAAAGAAAGUCAAUAGUCGCCAAUUGGAAGAAAUAAAGACACUCAAUGAAAUGCUAAAUAAUGAAGCUAGAAGAAUUAAGUCAAUGGAAAGGGAGACUGAUCGGCUUCGUGCAGAGAUUUCCCUAUUGGAGUCUAAGCUAGGUCAUGGCGACUUCUCUGCUGCAAAUACGAAAGUACUGAGAAUGGUUAACACACUUGCAGUUGAUAAUGAGGCCAAACAAACCAUUGAGGCUUUACAAACUGAGUUGCAGAAGACAAAGGAGAAGUUACAAGCUGUAGAAGAAUUGAAGAGUCAGUCUGGUGAUGCUGGCAAGCUGGUGGACUCCUAUAUCUCUGGGAAGAUAACACAAUUAAAAGAACAAAUUGCAACUCUUGAAAAACGUGAAGAAAGGUGA